AUGCCCCCGAAAACUUUCCAGGCGUUUCCAGGGGCAGAGUCUGGAGCAGCAGCAGACCUGUCCAUUCAGGCUGUCACUUUGGGAACAAAUGAACCACACAGGCCCAGUCGCACCCACAGAAGCCCGGCCUACCUGGAAGACUACGUUUACCGCCUUCUGAGAUUGUGGCAACACCACUUUUGGUAAGGAAAAGAAAAAUCACGUCGUAUGAUGGGCAAGUGUACCCAAGUGGCAACCAUCUCGGCUUUGGCAUGUCUGGCUCAGAUUCCACAGGUGAAACUGCAAGAGAAUUGUACAAACAAUGAUCUCUGUUCCAACACAAACUGGGUCCAUCACUGGUACAUCUGGCUUGUGGUUGCCAUUGGUGGGCUCCUCCUUCUCUGUGGCCUUGUUUCUGUGUGUGUGAGAUGCUGCUGUUUUAAUUGUCAUCAGGGAGAAGAUGCUCAUCCUCAACCAUAUAAGGUUACAGUUAUUGCUUUUGAUCAUGACAACACCCUUCAAAGCACCAUCACCUGUGAGUGGAAUAACAAUUUUGUCAUCCUGAAGGUUGAAAACAAUUAUGAAAAAUGCCAGUCAGAAAAGUCUUGCCAAAAUAGUGUACAGGACAUCCCAACUUUUUGA